AUGGAAAACGCGACAGGGAUGAGAUGGGCAAUGCUCAGCGACUAUUCUUCCACAAGGUCCCACACCCACAUCCCACCAGAAACCUUUCACUUCGUUCCAAGAGGUAAACUUGUAAUCUUCCCGCUGUCUCCAUCUCCGUUCGUUUUUGUCUUUGCCUAUGCUUUCAACUCAAAGAGUCAGAGUGGUGGGGAAAAAAAAGGAGACCUCUUUCUCCGCGUGCCACUGCUCCUCGAAGGUCGUAGCGUGAUACCGGAUCGAUUCAUCAGCCAGUUUUUAUCUAAACAUAUUGCUGCCCUGUCGGGGGGUUGGGUCACAUCUUCCCGGUCGACUAGAUCAGAGAUGCAUAUAUAUAAUAUUCAUAAUGUAUUUUUCUGUUGCGUGAUAUUCGUUCUUUUAAUAUUAUUUCCACAUUUUCUUUAUCAUAUUUGCUUUUUAUUUUAUUUCGUUUUUUUUAUUUUUCUGUCAUUCUAUCUAUCUAUCUAUCUAUCUAUCUAUCUAUCUAUCUAUCUAUCUAUCUAUCUAUCUAAGUCUGUUCAUUAUCUAUCUAUCUAUCUAUCUAUCUACCUAUCUAUCUAUCUAUCCUGGCUUGUUCAUCUCUCUCUCUUUCUUUCUCUCUAUCUAAGUCUGUUCAUUAUCUAUCUAUCUAGCUAUCUAUCUAUCUAUCUAUCUAUCUAUCUAUCUAUCUAUCUAUCUAUCUAUCUAUCUAUCUAA